AAAAAGGCUUGCGUAUGGAUGUGCGCAUGCGCCACAGCCAGGCGAGCCAGCGCUCUGUAGAAUGGCGGCGGCUGCUGGCGGUGCUCACGGCGGUACCACGGCAAAGCCACACAAAGAACAUCAGCGAAAAAGUAAAGAUUCCCGCCGUAGACAAGCGGCCCUGUUGUUUCUGAAUAACAUCUCUCUAGACGGACGGCCUGUCUUCACUCUCGGUAAUGGCGUCAGAGAAACUUGGAGCCAAAACGCUGAAGUCGGAACACCGGCGGUUUCGGUCACCGUGUCGACGGCGAACAGCUGCGGGAAUUUCAGCCAGCUGUCACCGUUCAGUGGCACCGCUUUAGCGCGGACUAACACCUGUACCCAGGGUCCUCUCUCCAUGACCGCGGUAACAGGGUUCAGUCUGGGGGGAAACAGCAGUGAGGUGUCUUUGGAGAGCGGAAGAAUGGACCCGUCUGUAGCGUUCCCCGGAGCUCAAAACACGCAUCCGAUCAUUGCUAAAUCUCCGGCCGGGGUGUCAGGAGCUAACUCCGGACCGCCGGAUCUCCGCCAGCGAACACGUAAUCAGUCGGGGUCUCCUGGGCCUGUGGUGUAUAAGAAAGUGCACUUCAUCAAAAACAUGCGGCAGUAUGACACUCGAGGCAGCAGGAUUGUUAUGAUCUGUGCCAAAAGAUCUCUGUGUGCUGCUUUCUCUGUACUGCCCUAUGGGGAGAGCUUUCACAUCAGCGAAGAGGCCCAGAGACAGAGGAACCCAUCAGGUGGAGCAGCUGAUACAGUUCCUGCGUUGGAGGGUGUGGAACUGGGGGCUUUGGGGAAGACAGUAUCUUAUGCCCAGUUUCUACUUCCUACCAAUGCCCUGGUCAGGCAGAAAAGCAACCUGCCUCUGGAUACCACCACUGUGCAGACACCGAUGUCUCGAAACUGGGUAAACAGCCAGAAGAACUUCUGUCAUCAACGUAUCUGCAGCAACAUUGGACAAGAAACUGCAGUUGUGGAUGAGUUGUCAGAUUAUGACCCCAAUCUGCUAAGCGAUCCUCAGUGGCCAUGUGGGAAGCACAAGAGGGUCUUAAUCUUUGGCUCUUAUGUGACAACUAUUAUUGAAUAUGUAAAACCAUCUGAUCUGAAGAAGGACAUGAACGAAACAUUCAAGGAAAAGUUUCCCCAUAUUAAACUGACAUUGAGCAAGAUUAGAAGCUUGAAAAGAGACAUGCGGGCAGUGAGCGAAGAGUGUGGGCUACAGCCAGUAACCAUAGCGAUGGCUUAUGUGUACUUUGAGAAGUUGGUUCUUCAGGGUCGACUGAACAAGCCCAACAGAAAACUCGUAUCUGCUGUGUGUGUGCUGCUGGCAGCCAAGAUCAGCAGUGACCUCAAGAAACUGGAGGUCAAACAGCUGAUCGAUGCGAGCAGAAGUUGGAAGAGCGUUUUCGGAUUAGUCGUCGGGAGCUCAUUCCCUUGGAGUUCCCUGUCCUGGUUGCACUGGAAAUGGCUCUCUACCUCCCAGAGAGUAAGGUCAUGCCACAUUAUCGCAGGCUGGUACAGCAGGUGUAGAAUCGGAGAAACACCCUUCAGCCCUAAACAAAUUCAGUUAAUCACAGGACUCUACUGACCUUUGUUUAUUUACUCAUGUGAUGGUAUUAAAUUUCAGUCUUCCAUGUAGUACAACCCUCAUGGUUGGUGUGAUGGUUAGUUUUGGAGCUGGACAUUUAUCAACUUUAUAUAUUUUUUUUUUCCCAAAAUGUUUUUACUUAUAACUCUUUUUAUGUGACACUUUUUUUUCAAUAUUUAUCAAUAUAUUUAAUACAACUGUAUAUUUAUAGAUUUUGUCAUUAGGAUACGUUUGGAGACUGACUGUAUUUUUCCUAACUUAAGGUAGUUAAUAUAUGUGCCGUGUAUUUUGUGUGUAUCCUGUGUACGUUACUCAAACAUAUCCGGAAAAUCACUCUAUGUUAGAGACAACGUUUCCUAGGCACUUUUUUUGUGCCGUCCUUAUCAAAUGUUUUUUUUGCUUUUUAUAUGAUAUCUCUUUCUCCUUAUGUCGUCAGCAGUGUAUGUGAGUUUUAAGGUUGAAAUGUUCUAUAGCUUUAGAUACAGGAGUGCCAAUUUAAUCAGACCAUCCUGUAAUUGUUUGGACAAGAUUAAAUAUUAUUUCACAUUAUUCUAUUGCACAAAGGAGCCUAAAAUGAAAAAUAUUAAAUGUGUAGUUUUUGGAACGGUACAAAACACAUGAAGAAAAGCUUCACUGUGUGGAUGUGGCUGUACUCUGUGUGUGUAUAUAAUCAUCACUGACUAAUAGGGGUUUGGUGUUUAGUCCAACCACUGUAUGGAAAUCUGUGGUCUGUUGAGUAACAUGUGAAAUCAUCAGCAAGCCUGUGAUCUGUUUGUGAUGUACUGCAUUUGGUGCAAUGUGUGAGUGUAUUUUAUGCUGUACAUAGUCUUAUUUUAUUUGAAGGUUGUAGCCUAACAGUCCACAGUGGAUGAGGCUGCAGCACUGUGAAUAUUAUGCUAUAAUUUAUUUUCCGGUACGCAAUUGUCAAGAAUUGACUGUGAUGGAUGUUGUCUUACACAAUUUCUCUCAGGGAGGGUUUCUGAUAUUGUGAACUCUUUUGUGAACUAUAUGUCUUAUGAAUUUUGCUUCUUGUGCAUGUGAGAUUUUUUUAACAAGAUAAUUUAACUCUUGUUAUGAAUCGUUUAGAAACAGCUAUUUAUUUUUAACAGAUUUUUAUUGCAGUUUGAAGUGCCUUGUUUAUUACACUGAUCACUUUGCUGCCAUGCUCAUAAGUGUUCUGCAUAUAAACAUUUGUAACUCCACAAUAUUAUUUUCACCAGCUUUGAAAACACCUCAGACAGUCUUAACAUUCUAGGAGUGUUGGAUGUCACAUGGUAUGAUACUGUAUAAUACACUGUGAGAUGUUGCACGACGAGGAUAACUCUUAAUACACAAAAUACACACGUGCUCAAUCUUUUUCCAAAACACAUUUUUAAAUAGGAAAUGAAGUGGUAGUUUAGUUUCUGUAUGAUGCCAAAAAUGUUUUGUGUUGUAUGGAUGUAAUGUUCAUAAAUAUACAUAUAGUUUAAUUGUUCAUCUUGUGUGGGCAAAUUAUUAAAUAUGAUGAACUAUCA